UUGAUGCUGAUGAAAUCAAGAGACUGGGGAAAAGGUUCAGGAAGUUGGACUUGGAUAACUCUGGCUCGCUCAGUGUGGAGGAAUUCAUGUCACUACCUGAAUUGCAACAGAAUCCACUCGUCCAGAGAGUCAUUGAAAUCUUUGAUACAGAUGGAAAUGGGGAAGUGGAUUUCAAAGAAUUCAUUGAAGGUGUAUCACAAUUCAGUGUUAAAGGUGAUAAAGAAUCAAAAUUAAGAUUUGCUUUUAGGAUUUAUGACAUUGACAAUGAUGGUUUCAUCUCUAAUGGGGAACUUUUCACUGUACUUAAGAUGAUGGUUGGCAAUAAUUUGAAAGACACCCAGCUUCAGCAGAUUGUUGAUAAGACAAUACAGUAUGCCGACAAAGAUGGCGAUGGAAAAAUAUGCUUUGAAGAAUUUUGUGGUAUUGUUGGCAACACUGAUAUUCACAAGAAGAUGGUUGUUGAUGUUUAAAUGCUUCUCUGUGUUUAUAUGAUGUUUUUUAUUUACAUCUUAGCAACUUAUUUUAAAGACAUAAUAUAUAUUUUUAGAGUACUAUUGAGCACCGUAUUAUUUUGUUAUUCUUAUCCACCAAUUCCAUUACCAAAAACUUCCUAGUCAUGUCAAAGUGUUUAUUGUAUCUAUUCCAAUUUGCUGUGAUUUCCCUAAACACUUUAUUUUAAUAAAUUUUUUUUUCUAAUCCAGUGUGAAUUAUAGCUGUUAUAGCAUGCUUUUGCUGAUUAAUCACAUACACUUAAAUAAAGAGUGUUUUCUUCAUUAAAAUGGAUAUUUCCAAUUAUUUUUUUAUGCGAUACUUAUAGGAUAAUUAGAUAUCAUAUACCUUCAGUUUCUUUCUUUCUUUCUUUUCGAGCAAACGUUGAUAUUAAAUUAUUAGCAAGACAAAAAUAGCGGUAAUUGUAUAAAAAAAAUAUUUUUUUUUGAAGCGUAAUAAUAAAGACAAAUUUGUUAAACUUAAUUAAAUAAUCUAGAUUAGUUAUUAACAAAUUAUGUUUGUAACUGUUACAAAGGUUAUGUUUUAAAAAUAUUUAUCAAAGAAAGUAUUACAAAUUUUGUCACAUUAACAACAUUGCAAACUAGUUCUUCUUAGUUUGAAAAUUUUUAAAUGAAUAUAAUCAAAAUUUUGAAAUAAUUCAAUCAAAAUUUAAAUUGUAUCAAGAAUUUUUUCUAAUUAUUGAUUCCAAUAUAGAAAACUGAAUUUUUAUGAAAUACCAGCAUUUCUGCUCUACAUCAAAGCAAAAAACAAAAAUAACUUUGUAUCAUAGUUAAAAUCAGUAUGAUAUAUUUAUGGGGCACUAGUUAAAUACUCUGAUUAAUUAGUGUAUUCUAGUAAAAAAAUCUAAUAGAAAAAUGAAUGUUUUCUUGAUAAAUAUGCUUUUUUAUUAAUCAUUUAUGCCACAAGGAAUUUAAGUAUCAAAAAAAAAAAAAAAAAAAAAAAAAAAAAAAAAAAAAAAAAAAAAAAAUCAGGGAAAAAGAAUUAAUUUGAGUGUCAACCAGCUAUAAGUCCAAUUUUUUUUUUCAAAAAAGAAAAAAAAUGAUUCUAAAGUGAUGAUUCAAAUUCUAACAGGUAUUUUCUGAUUCGUAAUUUUGGUUCAUUUUAUAUAGUAAAUAUAGUGCAGUAAAUGUAAGCAAUCAGUAUUUUACUCAUUUUAACUCCGGAAAAAAAUAACAUUGAAAUACAAUUUUCUAAUAAAUGACUAUGCUAAUUAAUUGCUAAAAUAUGAAAUUAAUAUUUAAGAAAUGUAUAAUUUUUUACAAUUUCUUUGAUUCCUUUUAAUAGUGUCUCAAUGUUCUGCAAGGCAUAUCAAUGUUUUAAUUAUUCUAAAAAGGUUCUCCAGCUAAAUAUUUUAAUGCCAAUCACAUUUCAUUCGAGGUCUUUAGAUUUAAAACUGGCUUUGUCCAUUUUUUUGAAAUUUUACAGGAGAAACCAGAAAUCUCUUAUGGGCAUUUGAGAUUACAUAAAUAUUGCUUAAACAGCCCAUGAUUAUUUUAAAAUAGCUUACGUAUUCAAAAUAUUUUCUGCAUAUUAAAGAACUAUUUCGGAUUUUGAGGCAAAAAGGUGUUAAUUUUAGUUUGGUUGGUGAUUAGAAAAAACAUUUACUAGUGCUUGUUUUGUUAUAACUUUAUUUCCUAGAUAGAGUUAUAAAUACAUUAGAAAUCACUGAAGCUUCUUGAUCAUGGAGAACUUUGGAUUGCAUUGUUUCCCUUUCUAAAAAUUUGACUGCUUUAAAUAGAUAAAAAACCCGCCUGUAUCUGAAAUUUUAAAUAUUUUUGUUUAAGUACUCCUAAAUUUAUUGUAGUAAUUUUUUUAAAAAAACAUUUCGAAAAAACGAUUGACGGAUGUAAAAUAACUAAAAUGUGAAAAAUAUUUUCAAUAUUCCUCAAAGACGUUAGAAAAAAAAAAUUAGAAAAUGGACUGAGCCAGUGUGUGACCUCAUUUAAAUUGUGCCUAAUUUGUAAACUUUCAUGUUUCUCUAUUUUGUAUAAUCUACUAUUUUUCUUAUAAUGUACUACUCUGUCUCUUUACAUGUCUAUAUAUAUAUAUAUAUUUAUACUGCAAUUUUACACCUCAACUCAAUUAGUUUAGCUGAAUUUUUUUAUCCUUUACAUUUUCUCGGUGUUGUAGAGCGCCUUGCAUUGAUUAUCUGAAGCCAUUGAUCAGACCGAUCUGAUUAACGAGAAAUCCAGAUAUUUGGACAACUUCAAAAAAAAAUAGCAAUGUCAAUUUUUUAAAUAAAAUUUUAAAUAGAAUGCCUUGCUUUUAAUACCUAAUGUAAUUGCGUGCCAAUUAAAGUGCUUUGCUGUUAAUGUUUUUGUUCCUCAAUUCAGUCUUUUAGAGAUUCUAUGCUUCAAGAUCCUUUUUAGAGAAUCUGAAGGCAAAGAUAGAUUUUUCAGGGUUCAGAUAAUUUUUUCUUAUUCUUGACCAAAUUCUGCUUCCCUCCCCCUUUCAUUUCAUAAGAAGAAAACUUCAGAAUUUUUGAUAAAAAUUGUGCUUUUCCGAUUCAAAAAUUUAAUUUUUUACACUUUAUCUUACCUUUAUAAAAGUUAUUAACAACAUUCAUAAAAUUUAAAAUGGCACAUUGCUUUUCAAAAUUACCCUUCUGUAUUCACGCAUGAUCUGUAUUCACACAUUUUGAAGUUACAAAUUGCAAUUCAGUGAAUUAAAAAUUUCUUACCGCUAUUUACAUUCGUGCAAUCUAAUAAUCAUGCAUCUAUGCUACCUAAGUGCUUUCUUAUCGCUAUUCACAUUCGUGCAAUCUAAUAAUCAUGCAUCGAUUUUUAUUAAAACCUUGAUACUAUAAAUUCAAAAGAUAUUUAAUUCGUGCAUACUUUUUUAUUGCUCAAAAUGUAGGGAUUGUUUUGAUAUUUUAAUAUGCACAUAAAAUUUUUGGAUUUCUAUUUCUAAUCUUAAGGUUUUUUACUAAACUUGUUCUCAGAUUUUUUGUAGGAAAAAAAACUAGAGCACUUAGGUAAAAGAUGCACUUAUUCAAUCUUGCUUAUCAUUCAAUUCGAUUAAUCAGUGAUCUUAUAAAUGGCGCUCUACGAUAUUAAAAUUUUAUGUAUCAACUUUUUGAAUAAACUUUUCUGAAGAAAAUAUUUAUAUUAAAUAUUUCUGCACAAUAUUAUCUUUAUGUAUCACUUCUACUGCUCAUAAAAAUAAUAUAUUUAUGGCACUUUAUGUCAUGUAUGUUAUCCUGAUGUAUUAAGAAUGUAUAUGUUACGAUAAUUAAGUGUUCGAUUUUCAAUAUUUCUUCUGAAUUUUUUUAAGUGCAUGCUUAGUUAUGUAUUUAUUUACAGAACUAAAUCAUGUUUAUCAAUAUAUUUCCUUUACGUUUUGUUGCUGCAAAUGAGAAAUUUUUUGAGUUUGUAUUUUAUUGUUGUUAUUUAUGUUGUAAUAGUUUACAUUAACAAGAAUCGUUACUAUUCAUUUGUUGUUGUUAAAAGGAGCGUUAAAUAAAAUGAAUUAACACAA